CAAGCGUGUUUUUCGAUCAUUCUUUUCAAGUUGAGCAGCACGUGUAUUUGACCGGUCGCUCCGAAUUAUUAUUUCAAUUUUUAGUUUCGGAAAGAACUACAACAUUUUAAUUCGAUUUAUUUGCAUUAGCGAGUUACAUUGAGUGUAUCGUAGUCGAUCGUUGCUAAAAUUAUGGGUAAACCAGGCUUUUCACCACGCGGUGGAGGAGGAGGCGGACGUGGAGGAUUCGGUGGUGGAAGAGGUGGCGGCGGAGAUAGAGGUGGACGAGGUGGAUUUGGAGGAAGAGGAGGAGGUGGUGGUGGAGGACGCGGAAGAGGUGGUGGACGUGGUGGACCUGGAGGACGUGGUGGUGGAGGAGGCCGCGGAAGAGGUGGCGGAGGACGUGGUGGUGGUGGUGGCGGUUUCAAAGGAGGCAAAACAGUUGUAAUCGAGCCACAUCGUCAUGAAGGAAUUUUCAUUGCCCGUGGUAAAGAGGACGCAUUAGUCACCAAAAAUCUAGUACCCGGCUCAGAAGUCUAUGGCGAGAAACGUAUAUCAGUUGAAACAAAUGGCGAGAAAGUCGAAUACAGAGUAUGGAAUCCAUUCCGAUCGAAAUUGGCUGCCGCCGUACUCGGUGGCAUUGACAGUAUACACAUGCCUCCCGGUUCGAAAGUCUUAUAUUUGGGCGCUGCAUCUGGUACAACCGUUUCACAUGUUUCCGAUGUCGUUGGACCCGAAGGACUUGUCUAUGCCGUCGAAUUCUCCAAUCGAUCCGGUCGUGAUCUGAUCAAUGUGGCCAAAAAACGUACAAACAUUAUUCCAAUCAUCGAAGAUGCCCGUCAUCCGCACAAAUACCGAAUGCUGGUCGGAAUGGUGGACACAGUAUUCGCUGAUGUUGCACAGCCGGAUCAGGCUCGAAUUGUUGCGCUGAAUUCACAAUAUUUCCUCAAGAAUGGCGGUCACUUUGUCAUUUCGAUUAAGGCUUCCUGUAUCGAUUCGACGGCUCAGCCCGAAGCUGUAUUCGCUGCUGAAGUGAAGAAACUGCAGGCUGACAAAUUGAAACCACAGGAACAAAUCACAUUGGAACCGUAUGAACGGGAUCACGCCGUUGUGGUUGGUGUAUUUAGACCGCCAUCGAAGAAUGUUGGUUCCACAUAAGUUUUAACUGUAAGAUUAAGAUAGAGUUUCCGCGAAUGAAAAAUACAAAACAUUUUAUUGACGAAA